CGACGUGUAUUGAAAACACAGGACUUCCCUCCUACCUUAUUGGCGUAAUUGAGAGUUAAAGGCCAACUCUCUGUGUUUCUGCAUCAGCUCUUCACUCUCAUUCUCUUCCGAUCACCGCCAUCGCGCGCCCAAUUCUCUUCAUGGCGGUUUUUGUACCCACUCAACUCAUCUCAUUUUUCUCUCUAAUUUUUCUUCACCUUACUUCCUUUUCUCCUUACCUCGCUCUCUCUAUCAACCCUAACAACCUCUUACUCUUUCCCUCAAUAACCGAUCGUAAUCUCUCUCGUCCCGCCAUGAUUCUCCCUCUGCAUCUCACUUCACCCGAUUCAUCCAUCUCGUCAUUCAAUCCUCGCCGUCAACUCCAGAGAUCCGAAUCGCAACACCACCCUAACGCUCGCAUGAGACUCUACGACGAUCUCCUUGUUAACGGAUACUAUACCACGCGGCUCUGGAUCGGUACUCCUCCACAGAGAUUUGCUCUUAUUGUUGAUACCGGAAGUACUGUUACUUAUGUUCCCUGUUCUAAUUGCGAACACUGUGGUAGGCACCAGGAUCCGAAGUUCCAGCCUGAUUUGUCGACGACUUAUGAACCUGUAAAAUGCACACCGGAUUGCAACUGUGAUGGUGAUAAGAUGCAGUGCAUGUAUGAGAGACAGUAUGCUGAAAUGAGCAGUAGCAGUGGACUCCUUGGUGAGGAUGUUGUGUCCUUUGGAAAUCUGAGCGAGCUUCCUCCCCAACGUGCUGUCUUUGGCUGUGAAAACGAUGAGACCGGUGAUCUCUAUAGUCAGCGCGCUGAUGGCAUCAUGGGUUUGGGUCGUGGAGAUCUAAGUAUCAUGGAUCAAUUGGUUGAUAAAAAGGUAAUAAGUAAUUCAUUCUCACUAUGCUAUGGUGGAAUGGAUGUUGGUGGAGGUGCUAUGAUUCUUGGCGGAAUAUCUCCCCCAUCAGACAUGGUCUUUACACAUUCGGAUUCUGGUAGAAGUCCAUAUUACAAUAUCAAUUUGAAGGAGAUACAUGUUGCGGGGAAGCAAUUGCGGUUAAACCCAAAGGUUUUUGAUGGGAAGCAUGGAACUGUCUUGGAUAGUGGCACCACUUAUGCAUACCUACCAGAAGUUGCAUUUCUUGCUUUUAAACGUGCUAUUAUGAUGGAACGUAACUCUUUGAAGCAAAUUAGUGGUCCAGAUCCAAAUUAUAAAGAUAUAUGUUUUUCUGGUGCUGGAAUAAAUGUCUCUCAACUCUCUAAAAGCUUUCCAGUGGUUGACAUGGUAUUUGAAAAUGGUCACAAGUUAUCACUGUCUCCUGAAAAUUACUUGUUUCGGCAUUCAAAAGUACGUGGUGCAUAUUGUCUGGGGGUUUUCUCAAAUGGAAGGGAUCCAACUACUCUUUUAGGAGGUAUUUUUGUCCGUAACACUCUUGUAAUGUAUGAUCGUGAGAAUUCUAAAGUUGGUUUCUGGAAAACAAAUUGUUCCGAGUUAUGGGAAAGAUUACACAUCUCUGAUGCCCCAUCACCAGUGCCUUCAAAUUCAGAAUUAACGAACUUAACCAAAGCAUUUGAACCUUCAGUUGCUCCAUCUCCAUCUCCAUCUCCAUCUCCAUCUCCAUCUCCAUCUCCAUCUUCAUCUCCAUCUCCAUCUCCAUCUCCAUCUCCAUCUUCAUCUUCAUCUCCAUCUCCAUCUCCAUCUUCAUCUCCAUCUCCAUCUCCAUCACCAUCACAUGAUAAUAUUGAUCAAGGUGAACUCCAGAUUGCUCAAAUAACAAUUUCCAUUUCAUUUAACAUAAGCUACACGGAUAUGAAGCCUCACAUUACAGAGUUGACUGGACUCAUAGCUCAUGAGUUAGAUGUUAAUACAUCACAGGUUCAGUUAAUGAAUCUUUCUUCACUUGGAAAUGGGUCCCUCUCUAGAUGGGCCAUAACCCCAAGGCCGUAUGCAGAUUUCUUUUCUAACACCACUGCAAUGAGAAUGGUGUCCCGGCUUUCUGAACAUCACAUGCAACUCCCAGACACAUUCGGAAGUUAUAAGUUGCUUGAUUGGAAUGCCGAGCCUUCAUCAAAACGGACUUGGUGGCAGCAAUACUAUUGGGUCGUGGCUUUAAUGGGUUUGCUUACAUUGCUUCUUGGGGUAUCUGCCUUGGGAAUAUUCUUAAUUUGGAAAAACAGACAGCAAGCAGAGCAUUCAUAUAAACCAGUUGAUGUAGCUGUUCCAGAGCAGGAACUUCAAACAUUAUGAGAUACGUUUCUACCACUGCUGGUUGGCAGUUUCCCUCAUUAGUGUGGCUAUUACGAGCAAUUUAUACGAACACAGUUACUUGCUGUUCGAGAUUUUUAUUUCAAAAAAUCUGGCUGUCUAUUUUGAUGUGUCAAAACCCUGAUAGAUGUACAUUAAGGAAUUUAUUUUAAGCAAAGUGAGCUUAUUUCAUUUCA